AUGGAGCAUACUAAUCAGGAACAACCAAGCAAACUACCAGACCGAGCCAAUACUCAGGGAGAGAAGGAAUCUAGUUCAAGAGAUGUUGACGCAUCAGAGUCUAAGCCGUUUGGGGGACGUAUCCUGACUGACGAAUCUGCCGUUUUCGAACAGAAUGCAUGGGAUCAUGCACCCUGGGGAGAAGAACAGGAACAACAUGCAUUAAAAGAGAUUGCUCGCCAACGAUUGGAUCCUGUUCCUCCGGAGCUGAUUGAGACGUAUCAUGAAGAAGCAGCUGAGAACUGGAACAAAUUCUACACAAAGAACGAAAACCGAUUCUUCAAAGAUCGACAUUGGCUUCGGAUCGAGUUCCCAGAGCUCUUUCAAAUGGUUGAAGCAGACGCUGGGUCAAAGACUGUCAUGGAGAUUGGAUGUGGUGCAGGAAACACAAUGUUUCCAUUGUUGCUAGAGAGCAAGAACCCAGAGCUAUUUGUUUAUGGAUGUGAUUUCUCAUCUACGGCUGUUGAAGUUGUUCGAGGAAACAUCAACUAUGAUGAGAAGCGAUGUAAAGCCUUUGUUUGGGAUUUGGGUUCCGAUGAUAUCCCGCCAGAAGUGGAACCAGAAUCUAUGGAUGUUCUUGUACUGAUUUUCGUCCUCUCUGCGUUGCAUCCAGACAAGUGGGAUAAUGCUAUGAACAAUCUAUACAAGCUUCUCAAACCCGGCGGAUUGAUCGUAUUCCGUGAUUAUGGUCGUUAUGAUAUGGCGCAACUGCGGUUCAAGAAGAACCGACUCUUGUCGGAUAACUUUUAUGUCCGCGGAGAUGGUACGCGUGUAUAUUUCUUCGAUUCCGAUGAGAUUGUUAAGCUGUUUGGAUCUAAAUUUACGAUUGAACAGAACGCUGUCGACAGACGGAAGCCAUUACCCGGCCAAUCUCCUGGAGCACCUUCUGCUACUACAAUUAUCAACACAGAUGAAGCUGGCCAACCAUCAUCGUCAUCUCCAACCACUCCUGUAACGGCAGCAGUCACGGAUACAUCAUCAGCGGUUGCAUCAGUAGCAGAUACACCAUCAAAUCCUUCGGGAGUAGUUACAUCUGAGCAAACGACUCUGUAG